AUGCUCGAGCUCGAGCCCGACGCCGUGACCGGCAGGCGGGGAAGCAUCAUCAGCUACGCCUCGCUGCUGUCCUUCCAAGGCGGUUUCACAGUGCCGGCGUACGCCGCCUCCAAGGGCGCCGUCGCCCAGUUGACCAAGAGCUUCGCCAACGAGUGGACAUCCAAGGGUGUGACCGUCAACGCCAUCGCGCCGGGUUACAUCGAGACUGAUAUGAACGAGGCUCUGCUGGCGGACAAAGAGCGCCUCGCCAGCAUCAGCGCGCGCAUCCCCGCCGGUCGUUGGGGAUCGCCCGAAGACUUCCAGGGUACGACGGUGUACCUGGCUAGUCGUGCGAGUGGCUACGUCAGCGGGCAUACGCUGGUCGUUGACGGCGGCUGGAUGGGAAGGUAA